UGGCCGCCCACAUACACAUGAUUCGGGUCACAUGACGGUUAGCCCUAGUUCAGUGACAGACUGGCUACACGAAGCGAGGCUAGCUGUUAGCAAAACUGUCUAGACGGCCGAGAUGAGUUUCCUGGGAGGAUUGUUCGGGCCAGUUUGUGAGAUAGAUGUACUGCUGAAUGAUGCAGAGAACAGAAAGACGGCCGAGCUGAAAACAGAAGAUGGGAAAGUGGAGAAACACUACCUGUUCUACGAUGGAGAGUCGGUUUCUGGAAAGGUGAAUCUAAAUGUGAAGCAGGGAGGAAAGCGGCUGGAGCACCAGGGGAUCCGCAUCGAGUUUGUUGGACAGAUAGAGCUUUUCUCUGAUAAGAGCAACACCCACGAGUUUGUGGACCUGGUCAAAGAGUUGGCUUUACCGGGAGAGCUCACCCAGAACAGAAGCUACGACUUUGAGUUCAUGCAGGUGGAGAAGCCCUAUGAGUCCUAUACUGGAGCCAACGUUAGGCUAAGAUACUUCCUCAGGGUGACAAUAGUUCGGCGCCUGUCUGACUUGGUGAAGGAAUACGAGUUAAUUGUCCAUCAGUUAGCCACCUACCCUGACAUCAACAAUUCGAUCAAAAUGGAGGUCGGCAUAGAAGACUGUCUUCACAUCGAGUUUGAAUACAAUAAAUCCAAGUACCACCUCAAGGAUGUGAUUGUUGGGAAGAUUUAUUUCCUGCUGGUCAGAAUCAAGAUCCAACACAUGGAGCUGCAGCUCAUUAAGAAGGAGAUAACAGGCAUAGGUCCCAGUACUACCACAGAGACAGAGACGGUUGCUAAGUACGAGAUCAUGGAUGGAGCCCCAGUUAAAGGAGAAUCAAUUCCCAUCAGACUGUUCUUGGCUGGAUAUGACUUGACACCCACCAUGAGGGAUGUCAACAAGAAGUUCUCUGUACGCUACUUCCUUAAUCUGGUGCUGGUGGACGAAGAGGACAGGAGAUACUUUAAACAACAGGAGAUUGUUUUGUGGAGAAAAGCUCCAGAGAAGCUGAGGAAAAGAAACUUCCACCAGCGCUACGAGUCUCCCGAGCCCCGAACCCAGCCGGUAACUGCAGAGCAGCCAGAGAUGUGAGGGCCGGGCUAAGAACUGAUAAUACAUGCAGACGCACCACAGCUCGUCACUGCUGAACAGCCAGAGAUGUGAGGCCUGCCCCCACUCUCUUCCUGGACUGAGAAAUGUCUGUAUUCAUAAAUACACGUAACACACCUUCAGGCAUCCCCCUUCCCCGCCCCCCGCACCACUUCACAGCGUCAGGUGUGAGCUGCCCAUCAUCACUCUCUUUCGCGCCCCGCCCCAGGACGUAGACACACUCGCAUACAGAUGCACACAGUCUGAGUCUGCUGAAUGCUACAUGUCAAGGCAAGCGCGCAAAACAAACCAACCCAAGUAACGAAGAAUGAGACAGCCUUUUUAUCAUCCUGACGUCUCGGACUGCAAACACACUCAAGCACACACAACUGAAGCCAUACAGUCGGGUUUCAUGCGGAAUAAAACAGGAGCAAAGACGGAAAAGAAGAGAGCGCUACAGACCAACGCACCAUUUUAUCUUGUUAUUCUGCAGCAGGAGCUUCUUUUUGUUUGCUUUCUGAACAGCACUGCUCUUAGACUUCCUCUUGCAUCUCGCCCAGAUACUCUACAAAGUGUCACUUUCUAGAGUCUCGAUGGACCCAGUAAGUGAAGGUAUUCAUGAUGUGGGGUGGGAUCAGCCCGAACAAAGAAUGUGAGUCAGCACCCAAGUUCUGUAUUUAUUCAUAUCAGGUGUUAUUCAUCCAUGGAGCUGGGAAAAGAAGGAACUUCUCAGUUAAAUAUUUUCGUUACUGUAACUGCUUCCAGCCCAACAGAAAGGUUACCCCUUGUUUGAUGUUUUACACAUUUCUAGCUCCAGUCCAAAACACAUUUCAAUAAGGAAAACGUCAUUCACCGUGGACAUCAGGUUCAUAAAAUCAUCAUUUUGAACCUCAGCUAGCAGUUAUUUAUCUCUAAGACUACAAAGUGCCAGAUGGUCAAUAUACAAUCAUACAAUGGAGAAAAAUGCAACAAAUCCUCACACUGGAGAAGGAGAAUUGAUUAUGUUUGAUUUUUGAUUCUCUGAUUGAUUAAUGAACUAAUGCCACAAGCAUCAUCAAUACAUCAUUUCACACAUUUCAGGUGUAACAUAUGCAGAUCAAUGAAGAUGUCAGUUUUCAACAACUUGCAUCAGGAAUUCCUCCACAAAUAUCUGAAGGUGUAGUUUCUCUGUUCAUGUCUUUGGCUGCUACGACACCCGUUCAGUUUGAAUUUUUACUGCACUUUCUAUCACUAACCUGUAAUCUUAGAUAACUCAAAGUUUGGUUCACCCAUGUUCCAAAUAAGAAAAGCUUUGUCUUUUCUCUUUAGUACUUUAGCACUAUAAGGAAAUUCUUCUGACCACCUUUAUUAGAGGAAAAAAGCUCAAAAGUCAGACUUGUUAAAUUUAAAGAAGAUAUGUCUAUUUGAAAUGUGGGUGAAUUGGACUUUUAAGCAAGGAUUGAAAGAAAUGACU